CAUGAGCUUUCAAAAAAUGUCAAAACAUUUUGAAAACAGUGAACCAUUUCAAAGUCUACCCAUUUUCAAAAGUUUUUGUAUAAUUUCUGUAUAAAUAUAGUCGUAUUAAGUGAUUCAAUAAACAAUUUACCACAUACACUUUAUUAAUAAUUACAUUUAGUUGUGCAAUAUCGUUUAAAAAUGUCACACCGAACCAUAACCUUCGUCACUGGCAAUGCGAAAAAAUUAGAAGAGGUGAGAGCUAUUUUAGGCAGCAGUUUUCCUUUAGAAGUAAUUAGCCACAAGCUAGAUUUGCCAGAGCUUCAAGGGGAGAUAGAUGAAGUGUCUAUAAAGAAAUGUCAAGAGGCUGCGCGACAAUUGAAGAGGCCUGUGGUGGUAGAAGACACGGCUCUCUGUUUUAACGCAUUGAAGGGCCUCCCGGGGCCGUACAUCAAGUGGUUUCUAGAGAAAUUAGAACCAGAAGGGCUUACAAAAAUGCUUACUGGUUGGGAGGAUAAAUCUGCUAAGGCAGUGUGCACAUUUGCAUAUUGUUCUGGUCACGGAGAUCUAGAUGUGAAGCUCUUUCAAGGUGUAACUCAUGGACAAAUUGUGGCUCCAAGAGGAUCAAGGGACUUUGGAUGGGACUGCGUCUUCCAACCUGAUGGUUACACCCAAACUUAUGGUGAAUUACCAAAGGAAGAAAAAAAUAAAAUUUCUCACAGAUACCGAGCUUUAGAGAAAAUGAGAGAAUAUUUUUGUAGUAACAAUGUUUAACUUGUUAGGUAUUGUAUUUCAUUGACAGGCAAACCAGUAAUAUGUCUUUGUUAUUUUUAAGUUUGAUUAUGUAAAGAGUUCCUAGGUUCCUAUAAGAGCUCAAAGCGCCAACUGAAUGAAUCAUUGUUCCAAUAUAAUUUGUUUUCGAAUGCUAUUCUCAAUAAAAAGGGAUAACUUUGUUAUACUGUUUACUUUAACCUAUUUCUGUGUAAAUGAUGCAAUAAUAUGUAAACCAUAAUUAAUUAAGUGAAUCAGUGUGAUAACAACAAAUAUGAUAAUAAUGAUCUGUUUUGUUAAAAUAAACCAAAUCAAAUAA